AUGGGUUUCUUGAAAAGCUUUGGUGGCAUGCAGAAGAAGAUGACUCGAGAUGGACAACCUGCAAAGCGACGAGGCCCCAAACCUGAUAGCAAACCGGCCCAAACUAGGAGGCAAGAAUUGAAUCGACAAGCUCAAAGAACACAUCGAGAAAGAAAGGAAAAUUACAUCAAGGCGCUCGAGUUGGAACUUUCACGUUUAAGAGAAACGUAUCUCCAUGAACAAAAUGCACGACACGCCACCAUCCAGCAGCAGAAGUUGAUCAUCGAAGACCAACAACGAGAAAUCAUCGCCCUCCGAGAAAUACUAGCCAGCCGCGGGAUAGCAUUUGAGAACGAGCUCGAGAAUCGCAAGGCUGUGAUAGCAAUGAGGCCCAAACGGGAAGAGCCGUCAUUAAGCCCGCCAUCCGCGAGCAAUCUCAGUCCAACCUCGAUGGGAGGUCGACCCAUGGGAUACCAACCGGUCAUGUCAGGUCCGCCAUCCACGGCGACGGGCUAUUCUCCCCAAACAUACAUCAACGGCGGCCCUGUCAGCGUCUCAGGACACUCUCCUGGGACCACCCACCAUAGUCAUUCGCCUCAGGGGCCGGAUAUACAAGAAAUGGUCUUCAUCAAGAAGGAGCCAGGAGCAGUGGCGGAUAUGCCUCGACCUGGGAUAGGAAUCUUCGAGCGGGAUCCCCAAUUGGGGAUCGACUUCAUUUUACGACUCGAGCAUACAUGUCGCGAUCAUGAAGAAUACCUUGUCCGGAGGUCAUUUGACUCCCCCGACGACGAAGAAGAAGCACUAUUCUCCGGGCACGCUUUGAUGGCAUCAUGUCCGCCCCCGAGCCACAUCGAGCGAGUUCCGGCCCAAGGUGGGGGCCUGGUGCCUACGUACGACCACAAAGUUCCCGAUGUCACCACAGUCCAGAUAUUGAACAAUCUGCUCAACCUCAGUCAGACGCUCCGAGGCAAUGAGAUCCCAAGCGGACAGGUGACUCCCAUCAUGGCCCUGCAAUCGCUCAAAGGACAUCGGAAUUAUGCCAGUCUUACAAGAGAAGAUGUUCUGGGCAUGAUCGAGGCCAUAAAAAGUAAAGUCAGGUGUUACGGGUUUGGCGCUGUGAUGGAAGACUUUGAACUGCGAGACGCUCUCUCCAGCGUCUUUGCCACGAAACCAGAGACUUAUGAUCAACUGGGAACAGAUUAUUCUGCGGACAUUGACGAUAUGUACCUAUGA